AGAAAAAUAAAUUGAUAUAAAAUUUGUAUAAUUAUCAAAAAGUACGAUUAAACAGUAUUUUAACAAUUUGUAGAUAUAUAAAAGAAGCUAAUAAUAUUAUGAUUAAAAUUUAUAAUUUAAAAAAAAUGUAAAAACUUUGAAAAUAUUUUGUAGUAAUAAUUGUAUAAUUAUUAAAAUAUAAAUAAAUAAUAUUUUCGAAAUUUGUAAAAAUACUUAUAAUUCUAUUAUUAUAUCAUUUAGUGUCAUAUUUGAAUAGACUUACUUUAAUGAUGAUGUAUAAUUUAAUAACAUAUUCUAAAAAGUUUACCAAAAAUAUAAUACAUUAAAUGUAAUUGUUCAUAUCACAUUUAACCAUAAACUAUGUCAUCAUUUCUAUUAUGCCUUGUCAUAUUUAGUUAGUAAAAAUGAUUAUAGAGAGGACAUGUGUCAAAUUUACUUUACAAUUAAUGUCUAGCGGGUACUGAAAAUAAGACUUUCGAAUUCAUAGAAAUGAUAUGCAAAUCUGACUUAAUAAUUUCUCACUCAAAUGUUGAUAAUUAUAAACAUUUUCUUACUCUUUCUUCAAGAGAAAAACAUGUUCUUUCUAGACUAGUAGAUGACUUGUUAGGCCUAAGCAUAUUUGUAUAUAAUUAUAAUCUAAAAUAAGAAAAGAGAAAACUUAUAUGUGUAUUAUACCUCUUCAAAGUUUCAUAAUCUUGUUUAAUGUUUUAGCUGAUAUAAAUUGAUCUAACAACUUGGUAAAUAAUUUUUAAAAAUGAUAUGUAUUUUAUUUUAUUUUGCUAAAUGGUUAGUAUCAUUAAAAACAAAAAAGAUAAGGGCCAAAUUAAAGGCUGAAAAACUUACACAUGUAGAGUAAAUUAAACUGUCAAAGAAUAAAAAUCAAUAACAGUAUGCUAGAUUCACUCAAACUUAUUGCUGAAUAAUAUCAUAGGUAGUAAAAAUAAGGGCCAAAUUAAAAUCAUAUUCUCAAUAUAUUUGUUUUUUGAAAAUUAGGUCAACAAAAUUCUCUUAUACCUUAUGAAAACCCCACAAAUGGGCUAUAUAUAUUUCAGAUUUUCAAUUGUCAUGAUGAUCAUGUUUCCACGUAAGCAGAGACAUGAUGUAAAAUGUCAUCAAUUCUAACUUAUAAAAGAGUGGAGUGGGAAUAAGAAGAAAAGGGCAAAGAAAAAAGAGAAAGGAAAGGUAUACAUAAUUUUCAAGUCGAUUCUAGGUUGAUAACUACAGUGAGAGGGAGACAAGACAUUGCGCUAUACCUAAUUCUAACUAGUUUCAUUUUCUAGACUGAUGGACCAAUCAUAUCAAUUUCUACUUAUAUCUUUAGUUUGGGUUCCACAAAUAUCUUUACCAAUGAAAAUGGAAAUCAAAGGUCGCUGUUUGUUAUAUGCAACCAUAAAUAUUAAAUUUCAAAAUUCAAGACUGUCUAGUUUCAAAAGAAAACCACAAAGUGAUUUUCUCUUCUAAAAUAUUUUACUUUUCAUCACGAAUCAAAUAAAAAGCAUUUAUCUGUUCUUCUAUUUUUUUUUUUUUUGAUCAAAUUAUCUGUUCUUCUAUAAGAAUGCAUAUUCGGUUAACAAAACAAAGUGAUGCUAGUUUACUUUCGUCUACAGAUUCAAACCAAAGAGACGUUUACGUUAUUUGGGACACCAUCUUCUUGAUUAAUGCAUAAUAAUUGUUGAAUGUUCUAAAGAUUAGUAUAUAUGAGAGAUAUUUCUAGUUAUGAGAAAAAUUAACUCUAUACCUUAACAGAAUUACUUGUAGAAGAUUUGAAAAUUAGAUGAAGAGAUGAUCAGAUAAUGGAACUUUGUACUAAGCUGGUCAGCAUAUCGUGAAUAAAUUUGAUUUGAUUUGAGUUUUUGUUCUUGUUAUUAUCUGUUGUUUAAAAUUGCUACAUACCUAUAUAUUCGUUUGUUUAUGUGACACCUCUGUACGAACAAAAAUCUGAUUCGGAUUCGUACUUUUGUGUUCAACAAAAUCUCAUUAAAAUGGGUAAUUUUAUUUAAUUCCGUUUUAUGUAUUUUUCCUCAAACUCUGCUUAAGUUUGUAUCUAUUAUACUUAUACAGAUUACAAUUCCACAAUGUAAAAAAAAAAAAAAACAAUUCCACAAUGUACACACUCCACACAAAGAAAUUGGAAAACAAAUAAUGAAAUAAAUAUUUAUGAAAUCCCCACCAUGCCUAUGAAUCAACUCAACCAAGUUACUAAAGAAAAACUCUAUAAAAGGGCUUCUUCUUUUCAUAUUUUAAAACCUCUCAUCUCAAUCAAAACAAACUCUAACAAUGGUGGCCGAAGAAGAUUCACGUCUCAUAAAUCUCCAACACAAGUACAAGCAGACAAUGCCCGAGGUUGUGGAGGAGAUGAAGAAAAUUUGGGACAUAAGUUUCCCGGUAGCUGCCAUGAGCAUACUAAACUACCUAAAGAACAUGACAUCGGUCGUGUGCAUGGGCCGACUAGGAAGCCUCGAGCUCGCCGGAGGAGCCUUAGCCGUUGGAUUCACCAACAUAACCGGUUACUCUGUUCUCUCCGGUUUAGCCACCGGUAUGGAACCACUUUGUGGUCAAGCCAUCGGCUCUAAAAACCCUCAACUCGCUUCCUUGACCCUCAAGCGAACCAUCUUUCUCCUCAUCUUAGCUUCUCUUCCCAUCUCUCUCCUCUGGCUUAACCUCCAACCUCUAAUGCUAAUCCUCCGACAACAACAAGACAUCACACGAGUCGCAUCUCUCUACUCCUCCUUCUCUUUGCCUGAUCUUAUAGCUAAUAGCUUCCUACAUCCUUUGCGUAUCUACCUGCGUUGUAAAGGCAACACGUGGCCUUUGAUGUGGUGCACGUUAGUCUCCGUCCUUCUUCAUCUCCCCGUUACCGCUUUCUUCACGUUUUACAUCUCUCUCGGCGUCGCUGGAGUCGCGGUCUCAUCUUUUCUCACCAACUUCAUAGCCUUGUCGCUUCUCCUUUGCUACAUAUACUUUGAAGAACAUAACAACGACGAAACCAGUCUUAAAACGCCGUUGGUGCUCAUGUCUGGCUCGAGUGACUUCGGUAAUGAUGAGGUGUGGUCAACGCUGGUCAAACUCGCGGUCCCGAGCUGUAUAGCGGUUUGUUUGGAGUGGUGGUGGUACGAGUUCAUGACAAUCCUCGCCGGCUAUCUCCCGGAGCCAAAGGUGGCGCUAGCAGCGGCCGCCAUCGUGAUCCAGACAACGUCACUGAUGUAUACAAUCCCGACGGCGCUCUCCGCCGCAGUUUCCACGAGGGUGAGCAACGAGCUGGGAGCAGGACGGCCAGAGAAGGCAAAGACGGCGGCGGCAGUAGCGAUCGGAGCCGCCGUGGCCGUUUCGGUGUUCGGGCUUGUGGCCACUACCAUGGGGAGAAAGGCUUGGGGGAGAGUUUUCACGGCGGACGAAGUUGUCCUCGAGCUGACGGCGGCGGUUCUUCCGGUUAUAGGAGCUUGCGAGCUUGCCAACUGUCCUCAGACCACAAGCUGCGGGAUCCUACGUGGCAGUGCGAGGCCACGUGUAGGAGCCAAGAUUAACUUCUACGCCUUUUAUGUUGUCGGAGCACCAGUGGCGGUUGUUUUAGCCUUUAGGUGGGGCUUAGACUUCAUGGGCCUAUGCUAUGGCUUACUUGGGGCCCAGAUUGUUUGUGCAAUCUCCAUUUUGACCGUUGUGUAUAAGACAGAUUGGAACAAAGAGUCCUUAAAGGCUCAUGACUUGGUGGGCAAAAACGUCAUAUUACCUGUUGUCGAUCAAGUUAUUAUCAAAUGCGAAGAAGGUUUCUUCGGUGGUCAAGCUAUCUACGCAGCAAUGUAAGCCAAAUAUGUGAAUCCAAGACCCCACAAGAAGUUUCAUAGGUUUGGAAUUACUGUGCUUGAUACUGAAGAAGUCAGUGGGAAUGGACUAGUACUGAAAAUGAUUUAUUAGAUUAUCAAAUGUAUUUCUCCUUGAGAAGGUUAAGAAAAAAAUGAAUCUUGUGCUCACCUGUUAGAUGAGAACUUACACGUUGGAGUACCAGCAAACCAAAGUUUCAAACAUAUAUUUAAGAAAGAGAAAAACAAUCAUGAAUUGAAAA